AUGGCGGACCAAAAGACGUGCCCUCCGCUGACAUCGGACUCGGUCAGGGCUGCAUAUCCUUUGAUCAGCCCCUACAUCCACAGAACUCCGGUACUGAGAUCAAAGACCCUCGAUCGCAUGGCUUCGACAGCGCAGGAGGAAUCUGCGCUCAAAGGUACAGCCUUUGAGGGCCAAAAGCCUGCAGCGCCAGUGUUCCGACUGCAUUUCAAAUGCGAGAACUUCCAGAAGAUUGGAGCUUUCAAAGCGCGGGGUGCAUUCCAUGCUAUGUUGAGACUCUGUUCCGAAUUAGGGAUUGAUGAGGUCCACAAGCGUGGCGUUACAACGCAUAGUUCAGGCAAUCAUGCACAGGCUCUUGCGCUCGCAGCAUUUACCCUGAACAUUCCUGCGCAUAUUGUCAUGCCGUCGAUUUCCACCAAGUCAAAGAUAGCCGGGACUCGUGCGUAUAACGCGCGUGUCAUUUUCAGCGGAUCGACUGAGCCAGAGCGCGUGGCUGUAGUUCAAGAAGUCAUCAAAGCCACGGGUGCCAUUCUCGUCCCUCCUUAUGACCACCCCGAUAUCAUCCUGGGACAAGGAACCGUGGGACUCGAGCUUGAAGCCCAGGUGAGAGAUAUGGCGGAGGGCUCUGCUGAAGAAUGCAGUCCCAAACAGGGCUCUUCGCUGGACGCCGUUAUCACACCCCUGGGUGGAGGGGGAUUGCUCGCAGGAACCGCUGUUUAUUUUUCGGACAAGCCCUGCACCUCGGUGUUCGGGUCCGAGCCGUCAUUUGAAGGCGGCGAUGAUGGAAGAAGAGGUCUCGCCGCUGGGUCUAGGAUUCCUGAAGUCAGCACUCUGACCAUCGCGGAUGGUCUUCGGACACCUGUUGGGGAGGUCAACUGGACUGUUAUCUCUGAUCAGAAGAAAGUUAGAGGGAUUUUCUCUGUAACCGAAGAACAGAUCAAAGAGGCAAUGAAGCUCAUUUUGGAAAGGUUGAAGGUCUUCAUCGAGCCAAGUGCUGCUGUGCCCCUCGCGGUCAUCCUGUUUGAUGAAGACUUCCGAAAGCUUGCAGAGAAGGAAGGCAAAGAGAAAGGAUGGGAUGUUGGCGUGGUUCUUUCAGGAGGGAACACUUCGGUGGAAGCAAUCUCUCGUCUUUAUGGAACAAAAUAA